CUUGGAGUGAGAGCAGCUCCUUCUGGGCAGCCCUUCCCUUCUCCCUCCUUCUCUGAGGCGGAUCAAACCCACCCAGGCUCCCCCCCCCCCAUUGAAGAAGAAGGGGAGGAGUGUUUCUUGGGGGGGGGCUGGUUCCGGACCAGAAAGGACCCGCCCCGGAGUGACUCCGGAGUUGUUGCCCAAAUAGGGAAGCGGAGCAGCUGGGAAGAAAAGACCAUCUUCUUCUCCUCUUUCUCCUUCCCUUUCUCCUUCCCUCUCUUUCUCCUCUUCCAAGGUUCUGAUCAAGACUCUUCAAAGUCCAGAGGAGCUACUCUCGACUCUCCUUUGGGGAAGGAGUGGGGGAUCCAAGGUGGAUCAUCAUGGCUGGGAUCCACUCUGGGGAUCUUUUGUGAAGAGCCCUGCCCGGAUCCCCUUCCAAAGCAGGGAGGAUGAUGAAUCCCAGCGAGGGUGCGGCUGCCCAGGAGAAAUACAAGCUGGUGGUGGUCGGAGGAGGAGGAGUGGGCAAGAGUGCCCUCACCAUCCAGUUCAUCCAGUCAUAUUUUGUCUCUGACUAUGACCCCACAAUUGAGGACUCAUACACAAAAAUCUGCAACAUUGAUGGCACCCCAACGCGGCUGGACAUCCUGGACACUGCUGGGCAGGAGGAGUUUGGGGCCAUGCGUGAGCAGUACAUGCGUACAGGGGAAGGUUUUCUCCUUGUCUAUGCCAUCAACGACCGUGGCAGUUUCAUUGAGAUCAACAAGUUCCACACUCAGAUACUUAGAGUGAAAGACCGUGAUGAGUUUCCCAUGAUCCUUGUGGGCAACAAGGCUGACUUGGACCUUCAUCGACAGGUGUCCAAAGAGGAGGCCCUCAGUUUUGCCCGGGAGAACCGAAUCCCAUACAUGGAAGCUUCUGCCAAACUCCGUCUCAAUGUGGAUGAAUCGUUCCAUGAGCUGGUGAGGGCCAUCAGGAGGUUUCAUGAGCUGGAGUCUCCCCCAGCCCCAACUGUUAACCCUAAGAAGAAAGAAAGCAGAGGCUGUCCUUGUUCCAUUCUGUAAACUGCCUUCCCGCACCAAGCUACAGAUAUUGGAAAGGGAAAGAAGAGCUGCUCUGGUUCCUUCUAGCAAGAGGAUAGAGCAGGAUUUUCCCCUUGCUCCACCUCCCCCACUGCAACAAGGGCUGGCAAUGUGUAUUCUGCAGUUGUGUCUCAAUACUACACUUUCUCUACUGUCACAAAGGACCCUUCAAACUGGAACAGGGCAGGAAGCGGAUGCAGCCUAUUUCCCCACCACACCCCUUCAGCUCUGCUGCCUUGAACCUGCUGGUUACACCAUGCUGAUAAGUGACACUUGGGGAUGAUCCAAGCCUGCAUAUACUACUCUGACACCUUUCUGUCUUAAAUUUUUCCAAGCAAAUUGCAUUGAUAGGGUUGCCUUAUUGGCACAGGGGUGCACAUGGCAGGAUGACAUAAGGAAUGUAGGUUCAGGGUAGAAAAUUGGAAGAUGCAACAGCCUAGGACAGUUUGGUGAUAUAUUUUGUUGGGACAUUGGAAAGCCAUAGCAGAGGAUCAUACACGUCACUGUCGCUAACGCCAGCAAGCUUCUGCACAUACACAGAUAGGCAUCCAUGCUCCAAGACACAUUGUAUGAAUGCAUUUAAAGCGGCAUUUUAAUCUUUAAAAAAAAAAACCAUAAAAAUAAUCACAGCUCUACUUUUAACAGUUCCCUACCUUCCUUCCCAGUAAGCAAAAAGGCAAGCAAGAGUAGGCACAGAUUUCCUACUCAGUAACUGGCAUUACCCAUUGCACCACUCUGCAUGCAGUCCUGGAACAUGGGGGACAUGUUAUAGCCCUUUGUUCAUCUAGGGCAGAGGAGUAAGACAAGAGGAAAUGAAUUCAAAAUAUUUCUCCCUUGCUCUGAUAUUUUCCCUAAAACAAAGUGCAGCUUAUGUAGACGGAGGUGAAAAUAGCUCCUUCUCCCAACUACGUUUAAAACCUGGCUGGUCUUUGGAAUCAAGUUACAAUACUAGUCACCACUGAUUAUUUUAAAAAGUUAUUUUGUCCAGGAACAGAAUGAUUUGGUUUUACUUAACUUUUUUGUUUUCCUUUUCUGAUACAUCUAGAAACAGUAAAUUCAGAACUUGGAAAAGAUGGGAGCUUUGACUAGAAUUCCCAUAAUCCCCAGCCCAUGGGUAGGUCGGGUUCUGGAAUUGUAAUCCAAAUUAUCCCAAGUGUUGAGUAAGCGAAGUAGCAACUACCAUGUGCCCAUUUUUUGUUAGCAACUCUUCCAUGGCCAGUGAACUGAUCAUAUCCUGGGAUUUCCCAGUUAUAUCCUCAGAGGCACAACCAUGUUUAAAUAUCAGUGCCUUUCUUGUAUGUGUAUUGAGUGGUCUUUCCCAAUGGACCUCUUGAUUGUUUUCUUGUUCUUUCUUCCACCAAAGAGGCAAAUUGUCUACUUAACAUUCAGAGACACAGCUGUAUUAGUCUGGAAUAUCAGUAUGCAAAGGGUAGCACCUUAUUAGAGAUCACAAAAGAAGUUGUAGCAUAAGCUUUCGUAGACUUGGUCCAAUUUGUCAGAUGCAAGAUAUCUACCUAACAGUCCAUCCAGUAUUUGUUUAUAUUUCACAAAUGCUCUAUCUGCUAUAGAGCAAAGGGAUCAUGUUCAAUGGGCAUGUUUUUGAGUAGUUAGAAGAUGGGGAGAUGUGUAAAUGAGGUGUCUUCUGCUGAUGCCUCUUUCACAAUGCUGCAGAGCAUUACAGGCUGUAGAUACCAAAGAGUUGCUAUUUAGCCAAAACCCAAGGCACCUUAAAUACAGGCAGGUUACAGUUCACUUUGCCAGGGAUGUGAAGUGGUCUUCACAGUUGGCAGGAAUAAUUCACAGAGACCAGGUACACAGGGGGGAAAAGGUAUUUUUGGUACUGAGCGGAGCCAAAAGGCUCAUGAAACACAAGGAUAGUAGCAGGCUGUGAAUUAGUCACUUAUUCAAAAAGUGAUUUUAAUAAAAGGGAAACAUUCCCAAA